ACAGGGAUUUUUAUCGUCCCCUUUUUACUCUCUCUCUCUCUCUCUCUGGUUAUUAGUAUCAGAAGAAGAAGAGGAGAGAGAAAGAGGUGAGAAAUAAAAAUGGCGAUGUGGGUGUUUGGCUAUGGUUCUCUAAUUUGGAAGGCAGGCUUCAACUACGAUGAGAAGCUCUUUGGUUUCAUCAAAGGAUACCGCAGACUUUUCUACCAAGGGAGCACUGAUCACAGAGGGACCCCUGCAUUCCCUGGGAGAACAGUCACUCUGCUGCCCUGUGAUGGAGAAAAAUGUUGGGGAAUGGCCUACAAAAUUUCUGGAGAAGAAAAUAAGGAGAUUGCACUAUCAUAUCUUGAAGUAAGGGAAAAGCAGUAUGACACAAAGGCUUAUGUUGAUUUCUAUACUGAACCCAAUUCCACAAUUGCUACUAUACAAGGAGUUAUGGUAUAUGUAGCUUCACCUGACCCAAGGAUUAAUCCAAACUAUUUGGGACCGGCAUCACUUGAAGAAAUGGCCAAACAAAUUAUCCAAGCUGAAGGACCAUCAGGACCCAACAGAGACUACCUUUUCCAGCUCGACGAGGCGUUGAAGCAACAUGGAUGUGAAGAUUCGCAUGUCAUAGAUCUCGCUAAUGCAGUUAGAAAACUUCUUCCAGAGACGAAGCCAAGUUCUUGAAUUGUGUGAACAUAGCAAUUGAGCGAUGACGCUAUUUUUAUCGAGAAAAUAAAAAGAAAUUGAGCAGCUGUUGAACAGUUUCAAUUUCAAUACCCAUGAUCAUUGUGACCUGUAUUCAGUAUUCUCAUCUUCAUCUUAUGAUGUAAUAUGUAUAUUGUAUCAAGACAAAACAGAUGGCCCUCUAUGCAUUGUAGUCUUAUUAUGUUGGAUUAUAUUGGAUUGGUUGUUAUUAUUGAUCU